ACUCAGGCCCUGCCAGAAGUCAGUCCAGUUCCAGUCGCAGUCGCAGUCGCAGUUGCAGUCCAGAGAUGAAACUUAACGCCUUGUUGCUCAGCCUUGCGGUGGUGGCAACUGCCACAGUUGGCCAGGUCAGCGCCAAGUUUCAGAUACGCACUCAUGACGAUGCAGUGCAGGCGCACGAGGAGUGCCACGAGCAGUAUCAUGUGCCCGAUGACAUUUACGAAAAGUUCCUGAACUAUGAGUUUCCCGAACAUCGCCGCACCGCCUGCUAUGUGAAGUGCUUUGUGGAGAAGAUGGGCCUGUUCACGGAGCGCAAGGGCUUCAAUGAGAAGGCGAUUAUAGCGCAGUUCACAUCGAACAACUUCAAGGAUCUGGAGCCAGUGCGUCAUGGCCUCGAGAAGUGCAUUGAUCACAAUGAAGCCGAAUCGGAUGUCUGCACCUGGGCCAAUCGCGUCUUCUCCUGCUGGCUGCCCAUCAAUCGCCAUGUUGUGCGCAAGGUUUAUGCCGAUCUCACGGGCGAUGCGCAGAUCUUGGAGAAGUGCCUGCGCGAGAUCAGCAGCCCGGAGCGCAUCGACAGCGAUCUGAAGAAGCUGGCACGCUAUGCGAACUGGACCAGCGAGGAGCUGCCCUGCCUGAUGCGCUGUCUGGCCAGCGAGAAGGGCUGGUUCGACAUCCCAGGCAACAGGUGGCACAAGCAGCGCCUGGCCGAGGAGCUGGGCGCCGACAUCUACAACUAUUGCCGCUACGAGCUGCGCCGCAAAACCCGCGACGGCUGCAGCUAUGCGCAUCGCGGCCUGCGCUGCCUGAAGCAGGCGGAGCUGCACGCGGGCAACAGCCUGGCCACAUUGCUGCUCUGCAGCGGCCAGCUGAAUGCCACCAACGUGCAGCUGCUGCAGUACAGCAAGCUGAAGCCCAAGGAGUCCAUACCCUGUCUCUUUCAGUGCUUUGCCGACACGCUGCGCUUCUACGACGAGGCCGGCAACUGGCGACUGACCAACUGGCAGCAGGCCUUCGGGCCCAGCCGCCAGGAGCCGCAGCCGGAUUACAGCGCCUGCCGCAACAGCGAGGAGCAGCGGCGCCUGGCGGCCAACAAGUGCGCCUGGAUGUACGACGAGUAUCUCUGCUGGGAGCGACUCAACGGCAAUCUCAAUGGAACAAACGUUGCUUAACGUGAACCCCAACUGCAAAUCUUCAUUUCAGCUCGAAACGUGUUUCUGUUCGUGCCACACUUUGCACCUCAAAUGCUA